CCCUUCGAUCACCACGCAUGCCCGGGCCGCAGGCACGCAUGCGCAGCCAGCUCCUCUCGGCCCACCCUCGCCGCUAUGGAGCGCAUCGAGGGCGCGGCUGUGGGCCCCUGCCCCAGCUCCAUCUACCUGUGUCCGCUGCGCCUGCACUACCGCCAGAAUGGUGCCCAGAAGUCCUGGGACUUUAUGAAGACACAUGACAGUGUGGCCAUCCUCCUGUUCAACUCUUCAAGGAAGAGCCUCGUGUUGGUGAGGCAGUUUCGGCCAGCUGUGUAUGCAGGUGAGAUAGAGCGCUGCUUCCCGGGGUCCCUGGUGGCCUUAGCCCAAGAUGGCCCUCCGGAGCUGCUGCCAGCCCUGCCUGGCUCUGCAGGGGUGACAGUGGAACUGUGUAGUGGCCUCGUGGACCAGCCUGGCCUCUCGCUGGAGCAGGUGGCCUGCAAGGAGGCCUGGGAGGAGUGCGGCUACUGCCUGGCCCCCUCUGACCUGCGACGGGUGGCUACAUAUAGGUCUGGAGUGGGAUUGACAGGCUCCAGCCAGACCAUGUUCUACGCAGAGGUGACAGAUGCCCAGCAGAGUGGGCCAGGUGGGGGCCUGGCAGAGGAGGGUGAACUCAUCGAGGUUGUGCACCUGCCCCUGGAUGGUGCACAGGCCUUUGCGGAAGACCCUGACAUCCCCAAGACCCUCAGUGUUAUCUUUGGCAUCUCAUGGUUCCUCAGCCAGGUGGCACCCAGUCUGGGUCUGUAAUGAGUCUUAGGCUUCGGACUUCGAUCUGGACUGAGGCUGAUCCAGGCCUGGCCCUGCCCUAUAGACCAAUAAAGCUGAGUACUUA